CUUACUUUUGUUCACACUAAAAAUAAGUCAAUGGCUGGCCGGGUAGGAAACCUGUGACCCAAGCACAUAGAGGGGGAAUAUUUCCGUCUUCAAAGCUUUUCUGCCAAUAUGGAGAGGACUUCCAAAGCCCCUCAUAUUUUCCCUGUGACAUCAGCACACUUUAAUGGCCUAAAGAACCAUUAUGGCCCCGGGAUUUUGUCUUUGUCUUCAGGUCUCGGCACGGAGUGUUUUGCAGAUUGCUGCAUAAGUUGAAUCACCGGCGUGUAGUUUUUCCUCUUUUUUCUUUGCGUCUUUGUUUCUAGCCGAUGAGUGUUUUUUUUUUUUUUUUUUUUGGUCUCUUUCGUUUGGCAUUCUUGUCCUUUUCUUCUCUUUAUUAUUCCUCUUUUCUCUCCUCGUUCCUUUAAUGCUCUUUGCUGCUGUUGUUUGCUGCAGUUGUUGGAACUUGCUGCUGGAGUUCUCUCUCUCUCUCUCUCUGUCUGUCUCUGUCUGUCUGUCUGUCUGUCUGUCUGUCUCUCUCUGUCUGUCUCUCUCUGCCUGUGGUUUGCUCUCCUCACUCACCUAAACAAUAAGGCCAUUCUGGUCCCGGCUGAAGAGAUUAAGGGAAUAUGAAAGGCACAGGUCUUGUUCCAUUAUGUGUGUUUUUUUUGGGGGGGGGGAUGUUUUUUUGGAAAGUAUGAAUUCAGGACAACACCCAUAAUCUCUCUCUAAAAAGACAAGAAAGGCCCCCCCCACCCUCCACCUCCAGCAGCACAGUCGCCUUCAGCCAGUGCACAAUACUCCACGUGAGAAUGAAACGUGAUCUAGGCUGGCUUUGGGCCGUGCUCUGGAAUGGAGCUCGAGCACUGGAGGGGGGAGGGGGUAGUGUGUGUUUGUGUGUGUGUGUGUGUCUGUGUGUGUGUGUGUGAGAGAGAGAGAGAGAGAGAGAGAGAGAAGGCCUCCGCCAGGGUCCGCUCACCCCUUAUGUAUUGUUGCAGCGCGCAGGAGACUAAAAUGGACUACAAACGGCGCUUUUUGCUGGGCGGGUCCAAGCAGAAAGUGCAGCAGCACCAGCAGUACCAGAUGCCUGACCUGAGCCGGACCCUCAGCGCCCCACUGGGCUCCUCCUGCACGGCGGGCCCUCCCCCCCAACUGGCGCCGUGCCAACCGCAACCGGUGCCCAGCACGGCGGUGGCCGACAUCCAGCAGGGCAUCUCCAAGUACCUGGACGCGCUGAACGUCUUCUGCCGCGCCAGCGCCUUCCUCACCGAGCUGUUCAGCAGCGUCUUCCGCAACUCGCACUACUCCAAGGCGGCCACGCAGCUGAAGGACGUGCAGGAGCACGUGAUGGAGGCAGCCAGCCGGCUGACUGCGGCCAUCAAGCCCGAGAUCGCCAAGAUGCUCAUGGAGCUGAGCGCCGGCGCCGCCAACUUUAAAGACCAGAACGACUUCAGCCUGCAGGACGUGGAGGUGCUGGGCAGAUGCUUCCUGACGGUGAUGCAGGUCCACUUCCAGUUCUUGUCGCAGGCGUUGCAGAAGGUGCAGCCGGCUGCGCAGUCGUGCCUGGCUGAGGCGCUGUCCCAGGCGCAGGAGCGCCACGCCAACAGCGCCUGUCCCCAGAACUCCACCUCCGGGCACGCCCCCCUCAGCGAGCUGGACGAAGCCUGCCGCUCAUGGAGAGCAGCCUGUGAGGCCACCGCUCGUCUGCGUGAGCGCGGCAGGGACGGCUGCCUGUCGGGGCUGCAGGUACAGCAGCUCUUCUGCUCCCACGGCUCCAGCCUCCCCGAGCACCAGCUCAAGGAGCUCAACCUCAAGAUUGACAGCGCACUACAGGCAUAUAAAGUCUCGCUGGACAGCCUUGGCCACAGUGAGUAUGCCCUGAAGGCCGGCUUCCACCUGAACCCCAAAUCAGCUGAAGCAGCUCUGCAGGGUUGCUGCAGUGAGGCGGAGGCCCAGCAGGCGGGCCGGAUGCAGACCACCUCCCAGCCCAUCCAGUGUGAGCUGCCCACCAUCCCCGUGCAGAUCGGCUCGCACUUCCUCAAGGGCGUCUCCUUCAACGAGUCCGCCACUGACAACCUCAAGAUCAAAAUGCAUACAGUGCUGCAGCUGAUUAAGGAGGCGGUGGGGCAGAAUGGUGUGAGCGUGCGGGACGAGUCGCCCGUGACGGACGUGCUGAACCAGGUGUGCCCCUCCAGCUGGAGAGGAGCCUGCAAGACCGCCGUGCAGCUGCUGUUCGGCCAGGCCGGCCUGGUGGUGGUUGACACGGCUCAGAUUGAAAACAGAGAGGCCUACGCACCCCAGAUUACCCUGGAGGGCUCCAAAGUGGUGGUGCAGGUGCCUUCAACAUGGUGUCUGAAAGAGGACCCGGCCACCAUGUCCCUGCUGCAGCGCAGCCUGGACCCAGAGAAGACACUGGGCCUGGUGGACGUGCUCUACACCGCCAUCUACGACCUCAACCGCUGGAAGGAGCGCAAGGAGCAGGCUCUUCCCAUAAUCCAGAUUCAGCUGCAGCGCGAGAGCCCCGACUACUGUUCCCACGUCGACCUGCCGUCUGGCAACGGCUCCAAGGCGUCCAGUGGCGGUGGCCUCCCCAGGACCAUCUCCAAGCUGACCUCCAAGUUCACCCGCAAGGCCGCCUCCAUCCCUAACACCCCGUCCCGCAGCCCUGAUGACAAGCCCCCCAAAGCCCCUGGCCCCGACGGCCGGCUGCACAGUCUGCUCCAGCUGGGGGGCAUCUCCUGCCCCCAAGACCCCACCCUGGGCCCCCUGGCCAAUGGGGCGUGCCCUGACGACCAGGGCAUGAACCUACCUACCGACCAGGAGAUGCAGGACGUCAUCGACUUCCUCUCAGGGUUCAACAUGGGCAAGUCCCAGCAGGCCUCGCCUCUGGUCAAGCGCAGGAACUCCGUGCCCUCCUCUGGCGCCGCUGCCACCGACAUCAAGCCCCUGCCGGCCGGCUCCCAGCAUGCACUGCAGCAAGCCCUCCAGCCCCUGCAGCCCCAACAGCAGCCUCAGCAGCAGCACCAGCACCAGCUCUCUGUCCCCAAACCACCUCAGCCGCAACAACCACAACAGCCGCAGCAGCCGCAACCACCUCAGCCACCACCACCACAGCAGCCCCCGCCUCCACAGCCUUCCCAGCAGGCCUUGCAGUAUUAUCAGCACCUCCUGCAGCCAAUCAGCCAGCAGCAGCAGCAGGCCCAGCAGCAGCAGCAGCAGCAGCAGCAGCAGCAGCAGCAACAGCAGCAACAGCAGCAACAGCAGCAACAGCAGCAACAGCAGCAACAGCAGCAGCAGCAGCAGCAGCAGCAGCAGCAGCAGCAGGCCUCUCCUCAGCUCCCAGGCCAGCCUCUGCCUCAGCAGAGAGUCCCCAGCAAGUGGCUUGGGGGCUCCAGCCCACAGCCCCCACCACAGGGCCCCCCAGGAGGCCUGUCUCCGAUGGGGCCCCUGGGACAGUGGGGGGCCCCGGGGCUGCCCGACCUGAGCUCGGACCUCUACAGCCUGGGGCUGGUGGGGAGCCCCUACAUGGACAGCAUGAUGUCUGAGAUGCUGGGCAACAAGCCGCAGGGCCCGCGCAACAACACCUGGCCCAACCGUGAGCAGAGCGAGUCGGCUGUUUUCAACGUGCUGGGAGACACGCUGCCCUUUGACCCUGCAGUGGGCUCGGACCCAGAAUUUGCCCGCUACGUCGCUGGGGUCAACCAGGCCAUGCAGCAGAAACGCCAGGCGCAGCACAUCCGCCGCCCAGGCAACGCCCGUGGCAACUGGCCCCUAGCGGACGAGACGCACCGCACCUGGCCCCACCCAGAGUACUACAGUGAGGGGGAUGCGGUGAACAGCAGCUGGUCGGCCAACCAGGGCGACUCGGCCAGCUCUAGUGACGAGGCCUCCUCGGCCAAUGGGGACAGCCUGUUCUCCAUGUUCUCUGGCCCUGACCUGGUGGCUGCGGUUAAGCAGAGGAGGAAACACAGCUGUGGGGAGCAGGAGGUGUGCACGCUGCCCUCUCCUCCUUUGCACCACACUACAGACGACAGCUGCCAGGACAGCAAAACCAAAACAUGGCCCCCCAAGGCUCCCUGGCAGCACUCCUCGUCCCAUACCAACACCAUGCCCAACCUUGGCUCUUCCCUCUACCAGAUGAACAUCCCCUCCAGCCAGUGGAGCGACUCCAUGCAAAUGCUGCAGUCGGCCGUGUGGUCCACGGCCAGCGACUGCUCUCCCUCCGGCGGGAUCUCGUCUGGCUUCCCCUUCUCCCAGCAGCAGCAGCAGCAGCAGCCCCCGCCGCAGCCACAACAGCAGCCCCCGCAGCAGCACAAGCAGCCCAUCAGCAAGGGCUUCAAAACCUUCCCCCACAAGCCUGAGCACCGGCCCUCUUAUCUGCACCAGUACUGAGCAGCCAGCAGGGGGACUCUGCCCUUCUCUCCUGCGUUCGAGUGCUUCUGUCCUGGCACCUGUAGCACGGCAUACACGAGGCGAGGAGGUCUCUGGAUAGGGGGUUUCUUUUUUUUUUUUUUGGUUAAGUAUACGCAGGUUUCGUAUUUACCCUUCCUUGGCAGAGGUACCCAUCUGAGCUGUCCCGUCGAGAAAAGCGCAUGAACGUCCUCACCCCCAUCCCCUUGGACUGUGGUUCCAGCUCAUACCAUGGUGUCUUUGGCCACCUAGUUUACACCUCACCCCCACCCCCCCCACACUCCUGGACUCGCUCCUGAGCCCCCCGACCAGGUGACAUGCAUGGCUGCCGCAUUACUCUUCUCCUCUCCUCUUUCAUUUCGGUCCCUGAUCUCCUAGCUGACAGUGUCCAGGGGAGGGGGUGGGAGAUGACCCAGUUCAAACCAUAAUUAUACUGUGUCUAAAAGCUGUAACUGCCAAAUCUCCCGUCAGAUGACCCAGACUACAGCUCACAUAUUGUUCCAUAGCGUGUAAAUGACUCCAAAUGAUAUAUAAAUACUUAACUUCUUUUUAUUAAGAGGCUUUGAGCAGGCUCGGCAGAAAUAUAAUAAUCAUCGCAGAGGUGUAAUUUGAAAGAGAUACACUACUUUUUUCAAACAACUGACAAGAGUUCUAAGAAACAAAACAAAAAAAGGAAAAAAAAGAUAAUAUAGCAGUAACUGUGUGCCAUGGUGAUAUGAAUAGCACUUGCAGAAUAUUCUUUUCCAACCAAAGCGUUGUUCAGAAGAUGAAUGGUGCUUCGUGACUAGCGAGAGGGGUCUGGGGUUGUUAUGGAAAUCAUAGCAAAUGAAACAGUUCCACGCCCUUUUGUCUGAGAAACUCGGGAAACAUCUGUGUGUGUGUGCGCGUGUGUGUGAUUAAAAAAAAGAAAAUGCUCCUUUCAUGUCUCCUCACGCGUUUCUGAUUGGCAGUUUGCUUCAGAAUAACAAUAAACAAUAAACCUUAACAUUUGUUCCUUUAAAAAAAAAAAAAAAAAAAACACAAUAUUUUUCUUGUACAAAUAUUGACAGUAUUAAUCUUAUUUUUGUAUUUUCUUACAUGUUAUACCAUUACUGUAUAUGUUAGUAUAAUAUAGGCAUACUACAUCAGAUCGGACGCCCUCCCCCCAUCCCUGCCCACAGAUGUGAAAAAGCACAUGUUUUCCUUCUUCCAGAGUUGAACUAAAGUCAUCCAUCUUGAAAGGUUACCAAAUAUGCCAUUAUAACAUGCCAUUGUAAACGCCAGCUGAUCAGGGCUGGGUUUGGAGCCCAUGUUUCUUCAGUUUCUAUGGCGAUGGGCUGUGUGGAAGGCCCAGAAUGUUAACUCUUGUGAUGUUUGCGGAUGCCAAUGUUGCCUGUAUUUAUGAUAUGACACCAUGUUUUUUCUGAAAACUAACAUACUUACCAUGUUUACAGAGAAUCGUUUGCUGUAUAUAAAUAUAAAUAUAUAUCUUUUUAUAGUUCUGUGCUUUGCACAAUCAAAAUAUAGGGUUUGUUGCUUUUUGUCUGUGUUAUCUCCCAAACUGUUGCAGCCUUUUCUAAAGACAUCUUAAAAGACCUUGGACUGUAACUGUUAGCAUUUCUCAGUUGUGUCAAAUGGUUUACUAGUGACUUCACCAGAAAUCUGACCUGUAACCCUGAGAGUUGAAGUGAAGAGGCUGCUUGGCUUAUGUUGCUUAUUGUUCUCUUGAGCUGGCAACUGAAUCUUUCCAAGUGUACCAGCAAUGCAAAAAAAAUAAAGAAAUAUAAUUGACAA